GAGUGACAACCGACAUCGCCGCUCACCUCCAUCACCUCAGCCGCCCGGCAGCUAUGGGGUAGUCACGUGCUCCUCUCCCAGCCGCAGCACGCUCUUACGACCCGCCGUACGUGCGCGUCCCCGUCAGCGUGUGCUCGCCGGUUGCUGACGCCCUAUCGUUGUGGUUCGCGAUUCCAGGUGUUGGCCGGACUAGUGAGGAGACGGGAUGAUCUGUGUAGCGUUGGCCGUCUUUGCCUACAUGUUCCAGAUGGUGAUUUCUGGAAUACAUGAGCGUACCUUUGUAGCUAUCAAACCAGAUGGAGUUCAGCGACGUUUAGUUGGAGAAAUCAUACGGAGGUUUGAGAAGAAAGGAUUUAAACUGAUUGGAAUGAAAAUGAUGAAAGCUUCUGAAGAGUUAUUGAAAGAUCACUACAUUGAACUUAAGGAGAAGCCUUUCUAUGAUAGAUUGGUGAAAUACAUGAGUUCUGGCCCUUUGGUCACCAUGGUAUGGCAAGGGCUGGAUGUCGUUAAAACCACUCGGGCUAUGCUGGGAGAAACUAAUCCUGUGGAUUCUGCACCAGGUACCAUCAGAGGGGAUUUUUGUGUUGAAGUGAGCAGGAAUGUAAUCCAUGGCAGUGAUUCAGUGGAGAGUGCCAUCCGUGAAAUCUCCCUCUGGUUCCACCCCGAGGAGCUGGUUUGCUGGAAUGAUUGUGCUGAUGACUGGAUCUAUGAAUAAACCAGUCUUUUUUUAAAAAAAUCAUCACUCAGGAACAAGCUUAUCAGUACUGAAGUAUCAUUGUUACAGUAUCCACAUUGACUGUAACGGACCUAUGUACCACUGAGUUUUUCAUUCUUUCUAUGCAUAUCCUUUUAAAAUUAAUUUUUAAAAUUCUGUUCCCUCAGGUUUAUCUAAUUGAAAUUUUGAAAGAAAAAAGUCAAUGCUUUAGAUAAUUCUAGAAUUGAAGCAUUAACCUAUCUUUCAUUGAAAUGCAUUUCUACCACUUGUCUAUUUUUUUACUUGGUUUCUAGUAUUUCCAUUUUUUUUGUAUCUGAAAAUGUUGCUGCUGUAAUAUGGACACAACAAUACUGGGUGGUGCUUUUUUUUUUCCUGGUGUGAAGCAUCUAACGUGACGCAAAUGAACAUCAAAACGCAAUCCAGUUCUUGGUUGGGUGAGGGAACAAUAAGAGAUCAACAUCACAAGCUAAUUCAUGGUAUAGGAUGGAAAAGUAAUCGGCCUCUGGACUAUUGCAGUUGAUCCAAUUGUCAAACUUGUUGACAAAUCAGUCAAAAUUCUGCACUCCAUUAUGGCUAAAAUUUGAGAUAUUAUAGUUCUGGCGAAGUGGUUAGUAGUUGCUCAAUAAAGCCCUUUCUCUUAUCAGAGUCAAUAAUGAGAGUGAUUUAAACAGUGUUACUGCUUCAUAUUGGUGACACUUCAGAAUCUUUUUAAUGUAGUCUAUCUUCAACUGUGCACCCAAAGGAUGCUUGAAUCUGGUAUGAUGAAUUUGAUUGUUGAGCUCCAGGUGAAAUUCAGUGAAAAGGAUUCUGGAAUACUUCUAAUCGUUGACCUAGCUAUGAUUGCUUUUGCAAUAUUGAUAUUAAUCAACUGGCUUUAAAUAAGGAAGUUGUUAAACAAUCUAUGAACCAGUUAACAAGUCAGCAUUAGUGUCAAUGAGAGGAUAAAUUACACAGAUGGAUUUAGGCCAGUUUCUUAAAUGUAUUAUGCUGAAAGGGUCACAGGAGAUUAAUGUGCAAUUCUUAGUAAAUAAAUAUUAUGUCCAUUCAUACUGGUAAUAAUUGUUAAAAGAUUAAAAUAAAAUGUUAUGAAUUAGAAAACAGCCAUGUGAAGCAAACACUCUAAUGGAAUGGAACAAGUUCCCCAUUUCAUUAUUUUUUGCCAAAGCUUUUUGAUGGUGGUCCUGUAUCUGAUUCUGAGCAGAUUUGUUGUGUUACCUGUGCUGCUUUUUCAUUUUAAAAGUUACUUAUUCACUGUGAUCAUCAAUAAAGGAUGCAAACUAUAGUUUUUAGGAACUUGUUCAGUGCCUAUAUAAUUCUGCCUGCACAGAACAGAACCUUAUAGACAAAUCUGCUUUCUUGUGAGUGCUAAAAUUAAUUACUACAAACAACUUGUUUGAUCAUGAAUAUAAACUAAGGAUUGUAAAGGGAAAAAUGCCAGACAGCCCUAAGAUUAAAAGGUCAAAUUACAGGACUGAACACUGGUAUUUAUUACUAUACUUCACAGUAAAAUACUUAGUUUGGGUACACCAAAACUCUAAUCAUUUUGUACAGAUUUGUUCUUGGCACACUAAAUUUUGUGGCUUGGGCUGAAAAUUCCAUUGAUAUGAAUUCCAGGGAAAUGAGAAAAAAGUUAAGCAUAAUUCAUUAUCUUAUCAUAGUUUAGUUACUUGUACUCUGGCUGUACAGUAAUUAGAGUUUUACUGCCAGUGGUUAUUAGAGGAUGCCAGCGUGCUACUGUUCUAUUGAUCACAAUUGAGUAUUAUAGAUUGCUAUAAUAGACCCAGGCUGCUGAGAUUUCCCAUAGGAAUUUUUUUUCUACUUUUUGCCAUAAAAAUGUUUUUGUGUGAGAGAAAGGAAUAAUGCAGGGAGAGUAAAGAUUAAGGGAGCAGGUAGAAAACCUGCUGAAAGGACUUUCGCCAAAGGAGAAUGCCCAACAUCUGUAGUGUACUUGCUCCUGAUCAUGAAUCCAGACUUUACUGUCUGGAAUCACAGAUAUGAAUUCUUUCAAAUGCUAUAGAAUGAUGCAAUAUGUUAAGCUAUAAUAUUAUACAUGAACCAGGUUCUACAGGUCCUCUAUUGAUUAAGUCCUUUGCUGAUACAUUUGUUUUGUUUAAUCUUUCUUUUAAAUAAAGUCAUUUUGCAAGAGUCAUUGAAUUGCAAGUCACCAAAAGAUUUGACACUGUCAUUAACACUCUUUAUACUCGAAUGCUGGAAACAAAAAAAAAACAAAAUGCUGGAGCCACAGCAGGUCAAGCAGCAUCACUGAAGAGUGAAAAUGAGUCAGCAUUUCAUUGUUAAGACCCCUUCACCAAAACUGGAAAAAUGAGAAAGCAUGUUUCAAGUUGCAGAGAGUGGGAGUGGUGGUGAACACAGAAGAAAUGUCUAUGAUAGGCUGUGGUCAAGGUACCAAUUACCUUACCCACCAAUUACAGGGUUACAAAUGACCUGACAUGAAAAUCCAACCUCAUGCAAAUUCCGAUAAAGCUAGAGAUAAUGUUUCAUAGUAAUGAUUACAAUACAGUACAUCCAUUUAUGGGUAGUAUUAGAGCAAUUAUUCAGUCAGAUGUUUUAGCAUAUGCAUGUAAAGGGACAUGAGUUAGUAUAGAAAAUGGAAAUUUCUGGCUUACGGUGAAGUAGGCAUAUGGACAGUUGUCAGGAAUUGGAACUGUUAGGUAACUUGGGAACUGCCUGUACUUUAAGUACCAGAAUCAAAUUGAAACAAUGUUACAGGCACACAUGUGAAAAGAAAACAAAAAUGCAGUUACCUAAAAUUAUGAAAUUCACUAUCAAGACCCCAGGGCUGCAAAGCUCUCAAAUGAGAGGAGAGGUGCAAAUGGCCGUUGCUUUCCUGUCUGAUGCUCGUGAUGUUUCUGUUUUGGUUGUGGUGUGAAAUUCCAGCGAGCUGAUCAAGUGUCUUUCAAUGUGUUAUGCAAUGAGGAAAGUAAUUUUUAAUGCCCCUGGUGAGGUGUAGAUAAAACACGACCUUAUUAAUCCAGGUACCCUAUGCUAUGGCCAUCUGAUUGUACAUUUUUUAGAAAAUAAGGUUACAAGCAGAUGAAGUCACUUUCUUUUCAAAAGGAGCAUGUGCCCAGUUUUUGGUAAAAUACAUAAAUGUUACUCAAAGUUUUAAUUGUUAAGUCUUUAAAGUAAGAAUUAUGAAUGCAAAGCAUUGUAACUCUUAUCAAUAUAGAGCUACAUCAACUGACAUAAUAAUUAGAAGGGACACUAUGGUGGUUUCAGAGGCCUGCUCAGAAAGUAAUUCAAAAUAACUGGUAUUUUCUGAAGUUGACCUGAAAUAUCCAAUGGCCUGUAUUGGUAAUGCAUUGACCAUUAUGAUAAGUUAGUGGAUGUCAGUAAUAUGAUCCAGAAGUAAGCACGGAUUGACAAUGUAUUUUUUCUUCACAGACCUAUUGUAACAAUGAACAGUUUGAAAUAUGGCACAUUAUUCAA